CGUGGCGUUCGGACGUUCCAUUCCGUAUCCUGGCAACGACUGACGCUAUGAUGUCGCUAGCGGUGAGUAGCCAUGGAACGUUCACACUGUCAGACUGGAUGGUAACGUUCCACCGUCCGGUAUCAUGACAUUACUGCAUGGCUGUGCGCUUCAUAGUUACAUCACGGGGAAUCCAGGAGUUACACAGACAUAAUGGAUCCAGUUUGGAAAUAUGUCUGCAAGAUGAUAGCUGAUCUUUUUUUUCCCCUUAUGUGAAUUUAUUUAUUUUAUUUUGGUUUUAAAUGGACAAUUUAGGCACCAUAACAACUUCAUCUAAAUUAAGUUGUUAUGGUGCCUGGAGUGUUCCAUUUAGUCGAGUUCGUUUACCAGGAUUAGUCAUAUAAAGACCUUUAAAUGUUUUGUAUAUGUAAUGCUAUAGACCAGGGGUCCUCAAACUCCGGCCCCCCAGAUGUUGCUGAACUACAACUCCCAUGAUUCUUUGAAUUACAUAGGUAGCCAGAGAAUCAUGGGAGUUGUAGUUCAGCAACAUCUGGGGGGCCUGGAGUUUGAGGACCCCUGCUAUAGACCUCCAAAGGUUAAUAAAAUAUAUUGAAAGUGAAAUGUGCAUUAAAAAGAAUAAUGUGUUUUUGGCGAAUAAAAUGGUCUAAACAGUACAUAAUAUUUGUCUUUGAGUGCUAUAUGUACAUUAUCUUUAGAGGAUUGCAUUAAAGGGACACUAUAUUCACCAAUACAACAUUAGCAGUCUGACUGCUCAAUUCUCUGUCAUUUAGGAGUUAAAUCACUUUUGUUUUUGUUUAUGUGGCUCUAGCCACACCUCCCCUGGAUGGGACUCACACAGUCUGCAUGAAAACAAAAUUGCUUCGUUUUCAAUCAUAUGUAAGUUAAUUUAAAAGUUUUUAUCUCCUUCUCAGUAAAUUUAACUGUAAUUACAUGCAAGAGGCUCCUGCAGGAUCUAGCAAGCUAUAAACAGAGCAGGAGAUAAGAAAUUCUAAAUUAAACAGAAUUUGCAAUAAAGGAAGUGUAAACAUUAGAUGACUCUUUACAGGAAGAGUUUAGGAAGGCUGUGCAAGUCACAUUUAGGGAGGUGUUACUCGGGCUGCAAAAACAACGUGAUUCCUCCUAAAUGGCAAAAAAUUAAAUAAUGACACUGCAAGGACAUGAUCUAUACACGAAAACUCCUUCAUUAAGCUAAAGUUGUUGACUAUAGUAUCCCUUUAAGUGUCUAGGUUUUCUAUGUUGGUUUAGGUAUCAGGGCUUAGUUAUUAAACAGUGCAUGUUAUUGAAAUGACAAUGGAAUUACAUGUCAUUGAACAAAAUAGUAGAAGAUUUUCUCUUACUCAGUUAUUGUUUCAGUUUAUCAGUUUUGAGCUUAAUUUCGCUAUGUUCUUUUUGGAGUGCUUACAUUUUCUCUUUUCAACCACCUUCACUGUUGAGUGGAUUUUGUGAAGAAAAAAAAAACCUAAAAAAGCAAUUACCUAAGAAGGAAUUCUAUUAUUUUGCAAGAAAGUGCUACAAGGUUCUCAUGUGUUGGUAUAUCACUCCAGCUAAAAGUCAUAAAAGAUUAACAUGAUAGAUAUUUUGUGGGAACCAUAGUACGUAUAUCAACAUGUGGUGGCCAUUCGUUGGCUCUUUUUGGCAGUCUACUAAAAAACAAACUUGUUUUACAAAGGAUACAAUUACAGUAGGCCCUAUAGCCAGUUUAUCUUAUUGAAUUGGUUAUAUUUCCUGGAGUCCCCUGGCGUUGUCCCUCCAUUCAUUGUUAAACAAUUUUUUUCGAGCAGUUUAACACAGAAUGGAGAUUCCAGGCUUCCCAUAGUCCCACCUCACUGGGGGAGUGGCUUAGGCAAUGGUUGCACACUUCCUUGUAGCCAUACCGAUUCAUACCUGCAAAGGCACUGUGAUAGACUGAAUGCGGUCAUCUGGCAGCCAAUCACAGAAACCCAUUGCUUCCUCAUUAGCCAAAAGGGGGAAAAAAGCACAGAGGGAUUGGAUGCUGGGAACUUUUGUUUAGCAUUAAAACAUUGUACAUUAAACCACUUCAAUGGGAUGAAGCUGUCAUGGUGUCUACAGUGUCCCUUUAAAUCUUAUAUGACAACUUGGCUCACAUGGUUAGCUUCUAUAGCAAGUCACUCAUUGACUGCAAUGGCAGGUGGUCACUCUGUCUUGCAGCACAGCCAUUCUCUCUAUACCUGUCCUAUGCCCCUAGACCCUGCCCCAUGCCUUUUUUAUUUUCUUUUUUACAUCUCCCCCAGGUUAUCUGAUUUGACCUGCCAUUUGUUAAUAUGGUUUAAAGGACCACUAUAGACAUCCAGACCACUUCAGCUCAAUUAAGUGGUCUGGGUGCCAGGUCCAUCUAGGGUUAACCCUGCCUGCUGUAAACAUAGCAGUUUCAGAGAAACUGCUAUGUUUACAUAUGGGUUAAUCCAGCCUCUAGUGGCUGUCUCAUUGACAGCUGCUUGAGGCGCUUCCGUGCUUCUCACUGUGAUUUUCACAGUGAGAAGACGCCAGCGUCCAUAGGAAUUCUUUCCUAUGCAUUGACUGAAUGCGCGUGCGGCUCUUGCUGCGCAUGUGCAUUCAGCCGAUGAUGUCGGAAGGUGGAGGAGAGUCCCCAGCGCCGAGGGAGCCCGGCGCUAGAGAAAAGUGAGUGUUUUUGUUUUUUUUAAUUCUUUAUUUUUGGUGCGUUUUCAGAUUAACACAAAUAGGUCCGCCCACAACAGCCAGGACUGGCAUUGUAACAGUAAUGCAGGGUAACAAUGUUAGAUAUUGGGUUAGUAGACAAGGCAUCAUAAUAAACAUUUUGCACUUUUUUGUUUAUGAGGUGUUAACUCCCGGUUUAAAGGAGGGAAUGAUAUGUGUGGUUUCUGCAGUGUGGGAGCAGUUUUCCUCCCUCUGGUCCGGGUUGGAUAGUAUACUGUGUUGUUUAAGAGUCCGUGGAGGCUAAGUGUUAGUAUACUGUAUAUUCAUGAGUGGGUUAAAGUUUGUACAUGCGGGUACUAGUAGUUUAUGUUGCAGUAGUGUUUUAGAUCAUGAGUGAGCUGAUAAGGGAAGCGUGUAGGUAACCAAGGUGUGAGUGGUGUUGACCUGAGGAUUGUUUCGGUUUCCCUAGUGGGUAGGUACCCCUAACCAAGGGGGCAACGGGGGGGGGGGGGGGGGGGGGCUGUACACCUCUUGUGGAUGUAUCUCAUGUGUGUAUGUGAGACGGGUCUGAGACUGCCCCUCUCUGGGUCCGUUAGUAUGUGAAACGGGUAAUAGUAGGUUGUUAAGUAUAUGUGCCGGGUAAGAUUAGGGUAACCAUUAAGAUGGGAGAGAUCUGAACAAAGGUUAGUGUAACACAUAGUAUAAACCAAGAACAUUGGUGAUGUGUCAUAGUUCGUUUCUCGGUGUGGGGUAGCUGUGCCCUCUCCUUGGUCAGUCAGGUUGUUGGUGCGGCUCUCGGUACAAAUGGGAUCAUUGACUCGGGGUCCCAGGUGUGUUCGACUCGGGGAGCAGAAGUUGUGGUUGCCUCUUCUGUAAGGCCCAGCUUGUGGAGUAUUGCAGGUGUUUCCGAUUCAGUUGUGAGCUUGUGGGUCGUCCCGUUGUGUGUGAUUAGUAGGGAUCUUGGCGCGCCCCAUCCGUACGUUAUCCCUGGGGUUAUCCCUGGGGUUUUUCCCCUCACUGCUGCCAUGAUCUGGCCCUUAUCUUGUGGUGUACAGCAACGAAGAAUGACAUCGCCAGUGAUUGGGGCUGCCAUUUUGGUGAUGGUGGGCAGUCGGUACAGUCCAUUUAUAGUGAAUUUCUUGGCUAGCGUUGAUGGCAACAGUGAGGCAAUUAGCCUUAUAUAGUGAGGUAAUUCCUCUGCGUCGAUCUCAGGGGGGACCCCGCGGAUUUUAAGAUGAUUGCGGCGGUGUCUAUCUUCUUGUGCAGUCAUCUGAAGUGACAUAGCCUGCUGUGUGUGUUUUUUAGGCGGUUCAGUUCAGCUACUUCAUUGUGUAGUUUCCCAAUGUCCCCUUUAGUGUGUGUUGUCCUAUCAUUGAGCUGCUGCAUAUUAGAUUUUAGGGAGGCCAUGUCUGCAGUUAGGAGCUUCUGUAUUUCCAGCAGUGUGUUCUGCAUGUUGUGCAGAUCGUGCUUAGUGGCAGGGGCUGUGCCUCCAGGGCUAUCCCCAGCCAUGGAGUUUGGAUUCCCUUGUGUUGCUGAGAUUGUGUUGUGUGUCUGGUUUGGCAAGUCAGGGGACGUGUGGGUGUCAUGGCCGCCGGCAGCCGCCAUUUUGGAUGGUACCUGUCGUUGUAGGAGUGUGCCAAUAUCCUGCUGGUCUGUUUCUGGAGCGGAUUGAGGUCUCUGGGAGCGGCGCCCCAUUGUUGUGGAGGAGCUAUGGAGAGUUGAAGAGGGGUAAGUGGGGAUGUCCGCUGCUUUGUGCGAAAAGUUUUUUGAGGUCGGCGAGCGUCGGCGCGUAGUAGGCUGCGAUUCUCCUUUUCAGCUUGGUGUAUUGGGGUAUAUUGUACCUCGGGGUGUAUUGAAAGGGCAUCAGGCGAUGUCGCGGGUUGUCCCCGACCCAUACCCGCUGUGUUCAGGGCUGGAUGAAGUCUUUAUGGGUGAUUUUAGACGGAUUUUGAAUGCCGGGAAGGAGCUCCCAAAAAUAGCGUCUAACCCGUCUCGCUGCCAGGCUCCGCCCCCAAAAGGUGAGUGUUUAACCCCUUCCUCCCACUUCAGCCCAGCGGGAGGGGGACCAUGAGGUUGGCAGACACCCAAAGACCCUAUAGAGCCAGGAAAGCUGGUUUGUUUUCCUGGCACUAUAGUGGUCCUUUAAUGUUUGGCACUGGCUUACUAUACAAUGGGUUUGGUAUAUCAAUUUCUACAACAUUGUGACAUGGUUUCUGUAUAAAUAAAUAUACAAAAUAAUAAUGUUAAACAAGGACUCAAUAGUUGUCACACAUGUAAAUAAAACAGUAAGUUUGUUAGUGCCAUUAACAUUGCUAGCAUGGCUAAAUAAUGUCUGUUUGUGGACAUCUAGCCAGCAAACAUUAGGUAAAGUUAGUUUGGCCAAAACCGAGCACCUGUACUCUGGGGAGCUGUACCUGUAAACCCUUUUAAGUACAGGUUAGUGGGCUCGGUAUUUCAGUAUGAACAUAGAAAAAUGGAAUUGGAUUUUUCAAUAUCUCUGCUUAAUGCUGAGGGACUGAAUGGAGACCCUGCAUUUCUCGCCUGGUGAAGACUGUUGCUAGAGAACUGGGAAGGGAAGGUAGGUGUGUGUGUGUGUGUGGAGGGGGGUGGGGGGUGGGGGUGCACUGGGGGGAGUUUGGUUGCUCUAGAAAUCAGCCAUGCUUGUCGUUGGUGAAUUUAUUUCCACUGGAAAUAAACCAAAGGGGAUUUUUUUUGGUUCAUAUUGCACCUUCUCAAAGCAUACACAAAGCUCAGUGUGAUUCAGAAUUUCACUUUCAUGGUGUGGAAAAAAAUUCCCUACAUUCUGCUUGUAGAGGAGGUAGAUUUUAUGAUGUAGGUUACCCUGGACUGUGUGUCGUUGGGCCAUUUUGUCUAUACUAAGGUGUCACAUUCAUCAGAUAACUUUACCAAAUUGGACUGGAAUAACACCCUGACACAUGAUUCUGCAUUUCAAAGGACAUUGCAAGCUGUUAGGAUAUCUGCAACUAUGCCUUGAUAUAUUUUCAGAACCAUUUCUACUUUGAAUUUUCUAUGUAUAAUGUAACAAAAGCCUAGCACUCAGCAUCUUCCCGUUUAAAUUAGCCCAGCUGCAUCUCCGACAGAGUUAUUGCAAAAUAGAGAGAGCAGUCAUGGGACUUACAAAUAGUUUUUAUAUGUUGCCUUAUGUGAUUAAUACAACGUUUAGAAACUAUUUCUAGGUCCAACUAGUGCACUCUUUUUUGCAACAAUUAUACAUAUAUAAUUAUAUAUAUAUAUAUAUAUAUAUAUAUAUAUAUAUUAGGGAAAAAAGAGCACUCUGGCAUUUUCCUUGAAAAAAUUAAUUAUAGAAACAUAACAAACAUGUAAUUAACGUGUUGGCUCCCUCAGCAUCUUUAUGAAGAUCAUCUUGAGGGGUUGAAACUUUGAUCACGUUUGUUAUCCUAGCGAGUGCUCUUUUUUUCCUAUUUUGUGAUGUGUGCCAAGAGGCAUCCAAUUGCUUACUGAGCUUUUAUUUUCCACAAGGCUCAGAGCCAGAGUCUUAAUGUAUAUAUAUUACUGAUCGUAAAGCCAUUGAAAUGUCUGUUUCAGAUAAUAGAGGACCAACUGCAUAAAUGUGGCUACAAGACGGAUUCUGAUGUGUCAGAGCUGUACCUUGGCAGAAAGUAAGUACAUACCGUAUGAUGUCAGAAGAUAAUGUACCCUUCUAUGUGCCCUCCAGAGUUUCACACCAGCAAUUUGGUAAUACAGUUCCUUUUUUCAAAGUAUAGCCACACAAACAAGCCUGUUCCUUUGUAUAAAAAAAGGUUGUCUUCCUAGGUAGCAGUUAAAGCAAGAGGUUGUGCCGUAGUGAAUUUUUAAAUGUUUUUUCUAAAUGUAGUUGGUGUUCUGCUUUUUUAUUAUUCUUUAAAAAAUGAAGGGAAAGUGUUGUGUUUCACUGUAAACAUCCCAGGACACAUCAAUGUCUUAAAAUGUUCAGUAAUAUCUUAAUACAAAUGUCUGGUAUAUGAAACUGGCCACAUUAAUUCACAGGAGUGGAACUCAGAUUGGCACAGGCAUUACUUAGAAGAUGUCAUUGAUGUUGCCAUGGAUAAGGUCCAUAGCCAAGUCUUGAACAAUGCAUUUUUGCAUUUGGAUUUCAUUUCUAAAUGGAUUCUUGUGAUACAGGAUUUUACUGACACUGCUGGCCCUUCAGUGAGUCUUAAUUAGACGAAACACAUUCAGUUAUUUGGGAAAUCAGUGCAGUCAGUAUUUGAUCUCCUGCUGAUUUUGAACGUUUGCCCACUGACAAAGAAAUGAUCAGUCUAUACGGGGAGUGCAGAAUUAUUAGGCAAGUUGUAUUUUUGAGGAUUAAUUUUAUUAUUGAACAACAACCAUGUUCUCAAUGAACCCAAAAAACUCAUUAAUAUCAAAGCUGAAUAUUUUUGGAAGUAGUUUUUAGUUUGUUUUUAGUUAUAGCUAUGUUAGGGGGAUAUCUGUGUGUGCAGGUGACUAUUACUGUGCAUAAUUAUUAGGCAACUUAACAAAAAACAAAUAUAUACCCAUUUCAAUUAUUUAUUAUUACCAGUGAAACCAAUAUAACAUCUCAACAUUCACAAAUAUACAUUUCUGACAUUCAAAAACAAAACAAAAACAAAUCAGUGACCAAUAUAGCCACCUUUCUUUGCAAGGACACUCAAAAGCCUGCCAUCCAUGGAUUCUGUCAGUGUUUUGAUCUGUUCACCAUCAACAUUGCGUGCAGCAGCAACCACAGCCUCCCAGACACUGUUCAGAGAGGUGUACUGUUUUCCCUCCUUGUAAAUCUCACAUUUGAUGAUGGACCACAGGUUCUCAAUGGGGUUCAGAUCAGGUGAACAAGGAGGCCAUGUCAUUAGAUUUUCUUCUUUUAUACCCUUUCUUGCCAGCCACGCUGUGGAGUACUUGGACGCGUGUGAUGGAGCAUUGUCCUGCAUGAAAAUCAUGUUUUUCUUGAAGGAUGCAGACUUCUUCCUGUACCACUGCUUGAAGAAGGUGUCUUCCAGGAACUGGCAGUAGGACUGGGAGUUGAGCUUGACUCCAUCCUCAACCCGAAAAGGCCCCACAAGCUCAUCUUUGAUGAUACCAGCCCAAACCAGUACUCCACCUCCACCUUGCUGGCGCCUGAGUCGGACUGGAGCUCUCUGCCCUUUACCAAUCCAGCCACGGGCCCAUCCAUCUGGCCCAUCAAGACUCACUCUCAUUUCAUCAGUCCAUAAAACCUUAGAAAAUCAGUCUUGAGAUAUUUCUUGGCCCAGUCUUGACGUUUCAGCUUGUGUGUCUUGUUCAGUGGUGGUCGUCUUUCAGCCUUUCUUACCUUGGCCAUGUCUCUGAGUAUUGCACACCUUGUGCUUUUGGGCACUCCAGUGAUGUUGCAGCUCUGAAAUAUGGCCAAACUGGUGGCAAGUGGCAUCGUGGCAGCUGCACGCUUGACUUUUCUCAGUUCAUGGGCAGUUAUUUUGCGCCUUGGUUUUUCCACACGCUUCUUGCGACCCUGUUGACUAUUUUGAAUGAAACGCUUGAUUGUUCGAUGAUCACGCUUCAGAAGCUUUGCAAUUUUAAGAGUGCUGCAUCCCUCUGCAAGAUAUCUCACUAUUUUUGACUUUUCUGAGCCUGUCAAGUCCUUCUUUUGACCCAUUUUGCCAAAGGAAAGGAAGUUGCCUAAUAAUUAUGCACACCUGAUAUAGGGUGUUGAUGUCAUUAGACCACACCCCUUCUCAUUACAGAGAUGCACAUCACCUAAUAUGCUUAAUUGGUAGUAGGCUUUCGAGCCUAUACAGCUUGGAGUAAGACAACAUGCAUAAAGAGGAUGAUGUGGUCAAAAUACUCAUUUGCCUAAUAAUUCUGCACUCCCUGUAAUUGUAAUAGUAGGUGUAUUUUAACAGUGAGCGACAGAAUAAUAAAAAAACAGAAAAACGCAUGUCAAAAAAGUUAUUAAUUGACAUGCAAUACAAAAUCCAGAAAGGGAGUACUUAAUGAUUGCACUCACUAGAUAGUAAGAAGUAUCAGGCACUUCAUAGAUACAAGAUCCAGUGAAGAAUUCCUCGAUAUAGCGUGGAGUAUAAAUGGGGAGAAAGGACACAGAAUAUGGUGCAGUAUAGAAAACUUACAAUCAGUACAAUUCAUGCAAGCCCAUCAAUAAGAACAGGAACACUUCAUUACUGGAUAAAAAGUGCUGGAGUGCAAGACUCCUACUGAAGAAAGUGCAAUUGCAGACAGUCCUUAGGUAAGUAUGAUAAACUCUCAAGUAAAAUCGGUAAAUAAUAAACAGCUUAACAGGCCUACACGUUUCGUCUGGGUCACCAGACUUCCUCAGGGGCACAGUAUUGCCUAAUGACAUUAUCCACGAAUGGCUAAGUUGGGUAUUUCGAACGGUAUUUCGAAUCUUAAAAAUAGACUGGCGGCACUGAUAGACUGGCGGUUCCUGAUUCUCUGGAACUGUUUUGGGCAUGAAACCAUGCGUGCAGUUGGUCAAAAUAAGAUUUCCAUAGAAUUUUUGAACCCCUGAACUGAUCUGGGUGAUUUUUGGAUAUGUUGGUCACCCAGAUCAGGGCCAUCUAACUUUUAUGGGGAUUUUAUGUGUUUUGGGGGUACUUUUGUUUGAAGUAUUUCUUUAUUGAUACAGAAAAUGUAUACGAAGCAAUUUCCUGCUCAGAGACAUGAUGAACUUGAAAUCAACAUAAGCCAAUAACGGUGUGCAUUUAAAACUUAUCAGGCCUUUAACUAGGAACCGCAUUCAGCACUGUCAGUGUAACGAUAAAUAUAUAUAUAUAUAUAUUUUUUUUGUAUAUAUUUAAUCAACCUGUGUUGUGUUGUGUGACUUAUUGCUUAUUUAUUACGACUUGUAGGGUGUAUCACUUUCUCCUACGCAGACGAGUAAACAUUAGUAUUGCGCUACUGUGUUUGACGUUGCUCGUUGUUGGUUUCCACUGUGGUCAGGGGUCAAGCCGAAUUGUCUUCAUCAUUAUUCUCUGGCUUUCUACUGUCAUUUGUCCGUGUGUUGUCGUGUUUCCCCAUGGUUAGGCGAGAUAGUGCGGUUGUGGUCUUUGGGACCUAACCAUGUUACUUAGUCUCCUAAUGUGGAUGUUUUUUUUUGUCUUGUUUUGUUGUGUGCCGCGAUAGGUUGCUCUUGGGUGUCGUGUAAGUGCCCCUGCGUAUGGGUUCGUGGACUUAGGUUCCGACAUUGGGGGGUACUUUUGGGGUUUUGCAAAAUAUGUGUUUUUUCUGCCUGGAGAUAAUUGGGUUAAUACAACAUCUGACUCAAUUAUCUCAUAGGCAGAGGGGAGGGAUUGCAUGCCAUGUGUGGGAGUGCCUUCCAUUGUAAACGUGUUAUCGUUGGUUUGUAAGUUUGUGUCCCUGUCCCCAACAAGGUCCAUGUGGGCGUACACCUUGCUUGGGGACUUGCAUAAAAGGCCAGUGUGGCACCAUUAAAACUGAGUCCUGCUUUACCCUGAACAUAGAGCCACACCUCGUGUUUGUAGGCACCUGCUAUACAAGCUAUAACCACAAGCUCUUGUAAGAGCUUCACAGCUAUACCUGCUAUACUCUCUUGGAGGAGAGGCCUUCCCACUGGGAGCUGGAUCCAGGAGUUUGGUCCAGGGUGGUAAGGGACAGCGAGAUCCCCAGCCAAGCUACGGCAGCUAGGGGGCUACAGUGCUGAUGGUGUCUGGUGGAGUGCUUGGAGUCCUCGGUGAGUACUAGGAGCAUCGAUUGAUGGAGGCACUCAGUCGGGGUGGCAGGCGGUCUGUCACAGUAGGUAAAAAGGGCCCUGGCAAAACGAGUUUACAAUCUAAAUGGGUGAUGUAAAAUGCACAAAGGGAAUUAGGUGAUCUGUAUGUAAUUGAGGGAUGGAGGGUAGUGUUUGGAAGCAGCAGAUUAGAUGGGUGGUGGUAUGGGAAGGUUAUAUGGAAGAGGAUUUAGGAGAUAGUUUUUAGGCUUCUCUAAAGUAGUGUGUUAGGAUUUUUAAAGGCUGCAGAGACUGGGAGAGGUGAAUGUGCCACCGGAGGGCAAGAGUCUAGGGUGGGGAUCGAGAACUGGACAGUAACAGGUUGUUAGAGGAGUACUGAAGUGUGCUAAAAUAAGAGCUACAGUAAACAUAAUAGCAAUAAUUCCAAAGUAAUGCAAUAAGGUGUUCCCUUUAUUUAUUUUUUUCACUACAGGGGGCUGAAAGAAGUCACUGAUCUAUCAAGGUUUCGAAUGUUAAGAUAUUUGUGGCUUAAUCAUAACAAGGUAAUAAAAGCUGAUUUUACGUUUUAUAUCAUAUUACAUCCUUAAUUUUGUGUAGCCAACUGAAGAUUUAGUUUGCAUUGGAGCAUGAAAUGCUCUUUGUUUGAUUAUUAUAUAUUUCCUAGUAUUUCAUUUGACCGUCAAGGGACUUUUGUUUGUGGGGGGGCCGCAAAGCUAUUUUGUAGAGUGGCCAUUCUGUAAUGUUUUCUGCACAGCCUACAGAUUUGUGUAACUAAAAAGUAAUUCAUUUUAUUUACUCUAUUUUCCAAAACAUUUACAGGGUUAUUCAUCCCUUAUUCAAUACCACUGAAUUUUGAAUUAAUGGACAAAACUUACAGGACUUCAGAGAGAUUUGCAUCUUUUUAUAUUUACAAGAGGAAAAUCCAAUUGAAAUUCAGUCCAAAAAUAUCGUAAGACAAAGUAGGGUCUACUUUGUCUGAUGGUAAAAUCCUAUCUCGACAAAAUUUGACAAAAGUGGAGCUACCACCAUCUUUUUAUUACCUCCCCCAGCAAUUGCAAGUGACAACUGUGGGAAUAUAGCAUUAUCUCAUUCAUCUCAAGUUAAUAUCCAUGGAGGUUCCUUGGCCUCACUGGAUCCUCCAUAGUGUUGUACUGUUAUGCAUGAGCAAUAGUUCUGUACUGACGUGGGUUAAUAUCUCAACAAAUGGGAUGGCAAUCCAGUGAAAAAUUAACUGUAAAUUAGCCAAAAAUAUUUUAAACACCUUUAUCUUUAGAUUAUAAAGGCACAGCUCCUGGGAAUACCUUUUGUAUUAGUCUGUCUAUAUUGUACUGUCUUUUUCCACCUGUACAGCACUGUGAAAUAUGUUGGCAUUUUAUAAAUCCCAGUGAUAAUAAUUUGUUUCAUUUCAGAUUUCGAAGAUAACAUGUCUAACCAAUGUUUGCCGCCUGUCAGAGCUGUAUCUUAACAACAAUGAGCUGUGUGACAUAGCAGGUGCGGUGUGAUUAUAAUUCACAGUGUUAUUUUUAUUCAAUUUUUUUUUACUGUAUGGAAAUAAAAAUGUAUAAAAAAUGUUAGCAUAAACCAGGAUUGAGUCAAGGGUUACUGGCUCCCGGGGGCGAUACUUUUCACCGAGCUGUAUAUAAAUGUAGCUACAUUUUUGUUCCUUUUCAGUAUCUUGGUCUCCUCCCUGAAUACGUCUGUUGUUUUAAUAUGCCCCACUUCAUUCACAAUAAAAGUAUCAUAGGAAACACAGUCCUCACAAAUCCUAGUGAAUGUGAUCGCUAGUAAUGCUAGUUAAACGUAAACACUGAGGAUAUUUGUGGAACACCACAUAAUCCUUUCUCAACAUUCCAAGCCAGUCUAAAGGUACUUAUAUUGUUACAAAUCUGUGUGUGUGACUGCAGAUCUAAUGUGUGUAUAUGUUCCUGUGUAUAAUUUGUUAUGAGGUCCUUUCUAUAAUGUGUGUAUACUGCAUUCAGUAGGUUUUUUUAGUGUUGCAGCCUUAUGCUACAGUUGUUUAAAUUAUCAUUCUUUCCAUAUCAAUCUGAUCUCAAUACCUGAGAAUGACAGAGAAAAAAACAUUUUUUUUUGUUUGUUUUUUUUAUCAAAAACUUCGUAAAUGUAUUAAAGCAGCACUGUCACCCCCCUCCCCAGGACUCUUCCUAAAGCUGGCCAAAUUGGGGAAAAACACAAAUAUAUCUACGAACAAGAACAUAAAACCAAACAUAGGGUAAUAUUGCUUGGACACCUUUAUAUUUUUUUUAAAAUGAUUGCACUCACAAAAGUGAAUUUGAUAGCAAAUAUAUCACCCAAUAAUGGGUAUGAGGUUUCUUCUGUCACAUUCAGUUCAUAUACAAAAUAUAGGAGUUAAGAGAAAAACAGACACAUAGUGCAAACUUUCCCAAUAAAAUCAGCAAUUUAAUACAAUUGAAUACAAUCCAAUUACAAAAUGUAAAAUAGUAUGUGCAAAUCACCAUUUACACUUAGAAUAAGAAUCUCCAGGCUCCAAUUCUUCGGCUUUUAAGAAGACAAGGAGGAGUCUUUUGUGUAUGUACAUUAUUGUGUGUUGAUGGUACAUAUUUAUCGAUAUCCUUCCACACAAAUGUGUUAAUUGGUUUUUCAACUGGUGUUUGUGGUGGUUAUAUAUAGUGUUUAAAAAAAAAAAAGUCUGAAUACUUUCUGAAAACAAUGUACGUAGUGACAUUACAUAAACAGAGGCAUGAACACACUGACAUUGCACACAGAGACACACAGAUACACAAGACCACCAACAUACAUAUUGACAUUGCACUCAUACAAGAAUACCAACAUGCACACUUACUGACAUUGCAUACAUACAUACAUACAUACACACAAGAAUACAAACAUUCACCAAAUGGUCAUACAUAGCUUAUUAAUUAGGUGACUAUUAAUAUUAUUUGAUAAUCAAUAAUGAUAAGUGGGUGCACCCUUGGUGGGAGACAUCACUCCAAAGUUCCUCAUAAGGCACCUGAAAGCUUAAGGAUGCUCUAAUUGCAUUGCUAUGUGUUUCUCAGGUUCUUUAAAGAAUUUACCCUCUCUACGCAUACUGAUGUUAAAUGACAAUUAUCUUACAAAGCUGCAAGACACUGUGAAGGAGCUAAAGGGCAUGACCAGUCUUCAUACCUUAAGUACGUUUCCUUAAAAACUGCUCUUGUUGAACUACAAUUCACAAGGAUUUGCAAUCAGCAAUACAUUUUUUACAAAAUAGGGCAUGGGGUGAGUGAAUGGUUGUGAUGAUCUAAGGAUAUAAGCUACAACUGUCUGCCCCCAUCUACAUGGUAUGGGAGAAGAGUAGAGUGAAACUAACUGGGACACUCUCGUAGUUUAGCAGAACCACCACUCUAAAAAAACAAAACAAAAAACAAUAAAAGCAUACAUGGAAGACAAAUAUUGGUUCUUUGAUAGUUCCAGUUUCUGGUUUAUGAUGAGAAGAAAAAGCAUCCAGCCUAAACUUGUACAGUAAUGAACAGGAAGGCAGUGAGAACAAAGAUGCCUUUAUUAUUAUUAUUAUUAUUAUGAUAUUUAUAGAGCGCCGUCAAAUUCCGCAGCGCUUUACAAUGGGUUGACGAACAGACAUGUAGUUGUAACCAGACAGGUUGGACACACAGGAACAGAGGGGUUGAGGGUUGAGCUUACAUGCUAGAGGGAGUGGAGCCUUAAUAUCUUUAUCAGGAGGUUAGAUUUAAAGUUUUACUAGACACUACGAUUCCACAUUAGAUCUAUAACCAGCACUGUGUGAGCCUGUCCUGAUUAUGAGCAGUCAUACCCCUACUUUAUUAGAUUUAAAUCCUAAAAGCACUAAGCCUUUCCUGAUAAUGUGCAGCCAGACACCCAACGUGAACAUUCAGAUUUUAUUAAGCAGUUGUCUUGUAAAUAAAAUAAAUGAAAUAUUAUAGAGCUUAUAUCUCAAUAUCAGAACUUUUUAAAAGACAUUUUAAAUUUGUGAAAUAUAGUAUUAAAUGGCCACUACAAAUAUAAUGAAUACAUUUUUUUGUAGAGAAUGAUUCUUACGUUUCAUUUAAAUUGUUUUCAUUGCAGAUCUGUUCCGUAACCCCUUGGCUCAAGAUGCAGGUCACCGUUUAUAUGUCAUAUACCAUCUUUCUUCAGUACAGCUUCUUGAUCGUGAAAGUGAGUGAAUACUUAUACCUAUGACAAUUCUAGGUUAUUUUUAAAUAACAUUUACCACAUAUUAGUCUGCCACACGUUUUCUGUACUGAAACAGAUUUGUUGUAAUUAAGUGACACAACCCAGUUGUAAAUAUGAAUGGUUUUGUGUGAUUAGAAAGAUGGUUUGGUGGGAUUUUUUGGUUUUGUGACACGUGUCUCAGUCGUUCCAUGUAAUAAUGUAAAGGCACAUUGCAUUGUCUGGUUGUGUUUACCAAUACUAAAGACAGGGUUCAAAAUUUCCACUCUCCCACUAACCAUUCAUGAGUAGAAAUUCACCCAUGGUAAGUUUGAGAUGGACUUGCCUUUUAGGCCUGUCUAGUAUUACAUUUUGACCCCUGGACUCAUUGCUGUAUUAAAUGUAUUAUUUACGGAUUUAUUAUACCAAAGAAAAAUGCUGAAGAUAAAAAACAAAAACGAUUUUCUUCCUUGUUCAGUAUGUUUUAUUCACAUAACUGAUGUUCAUUUUAUGAAGCAGCCAGGAAAGUUCUCUGUUGUAUAUUUUUGUAUAGGCACAUCUUCCAUCUUUAGACGGUAUAAAAUAGUAACUGGUGUCUGGCUCCAAGUAGGCAUGCCAGUGACGCCACUUGUGUUACUGGCGUUGCCCAAUACGGGCAGUCCCCUCUGAUAAGUGGGCAGGGCUGCCUAAAAAAAGGAGCAUGUCUUCCUGACGUGAAAUUAUGCUAGACUGACAGCCUCUCUGGCAGGAUCCACUAAGGCAGACCAAGUACACAUCUCUGCUGAAGCUCUGUGUGCAUUGUCCUAGUGCCCUGUCAACCUUAAGGAUAGUACAAGCCUCUCUAACAAUGCGGUCUUGUUAUGCUUGUUAGGGACAGUUCCAUGGUUUCAAGUUCAAAGACCAUUUUAGCUAGAAAGGUUGCCGGUACUGAUGGUUUGUGGUAAAUAAAGUCACUUUAGUUGGCAUGCAGUCUGCUGUGAGUCUUCCUUCUUCUGGAAGGAAGCUUGUUGAAGCUUGUGUUAGAGCUUGUCAAUGUUCAGGCCCAUGUUUUUGCAGUAGAGAUUCCCUCAUGGUCAAAAUAUGCGGGCCUUCCUCCAGUAAUAUUGUAUUCAUUUUAAAAUAAAUACAGAUAGUCAUCUUCUACACACUAUCUAUAGAGUUAGAAAGAUUGGGACAGAGUGAAAGCAGCAAUAUUUUGUAUUUAUGAAAGACGGUUUUAAAUUUAAAGAGCCAUUUUACAAAUAGGAAAUGUAUAGCAGUUGUAGCUAUUAUAGUUGUCUGAUUUUACUUCCUUUAGAUGUCACACACAAGGAAAGAGAAGAUGCUUUCAAGCUCUUCAACCCAGAGCAGACUGCAGUUAUACAAUCAAUAGGUUUUGGCCGGAGAACAGACUCUGUCUUACCCGUCAGAAGACCACUUGUGAAAAGCUCCUCAGCAAGCUGUGCAAGAAUGAGCCUAGGUGUGUGAAGACCUGUCAUGUUCUCUACAUUGAAGAGUGUUUCACAUAAAAAUCAUAUGUAAAAAUGUCACAUCCUAGAAGUGCUAAAUCGGAUAUUCUGCAGAAAUCUAAGUGGAAAAAAAAAAUAUUGUUAAGUUUAAUUACUUGUUACCAAAAAAUUCAUAUGCUAUAAAAUGUGUUAAGUAUGAAGUCAGAAGAAAACAUUGUUAUUUUUAGCAUUGUGCUGACCACUUCCAGUAUAUGUUUAGGCAUAGUAUGUGCAGAGUUUGUUCAGCUCUUGGAUAUUCCUCCAUUCCGUGUGAUUGGUGGUGGAGGUAUGGUCCUGGCAAACAGCAUCUAACCCUUAUAACACCCAGUGACUGAGUUGGAGGGUAAUACCAUUAUGGGGCUAGAGAUCCCCAAUAAUAACAGGGCCAUGGAAUGCUACAUCACAUAGCCUAGUCACCAUCCUUACAGCUUUAUUACUAAAUAUAACCAACCCACUCUAGAGUUUGUGGACUACAUAUCCCCUGAUGCUUUGCCAGCAUUACAGCUGUAAGAGCAUUCUGGUAGAUGAAGUCCACAACAUGUGGAGUGCAGAAGUUUGCCUACCUCUACCAUAGACAUUUGUAGUAUAUUAAACCAAACAGGUUUGAAAUGAUAAAACUGGAUGAUGUAAAAUUCUCAUUUCAGGAAAUAAGAAUGCAGAUGAUCAGAAUAGGUAAGUAAUAUUAUCUAUCCAUUUCUUUAUUCUGCAAUGUUGUAAGGCAUUUGAUGAUCAUCAGCAUACAUAUAGACAACACAGAGUCGUAUCAGCUGUGUGAUAAAAUCUAAGAGUAAGGCUAGCACGUGAACAUAGGAUAAACGACAAUUUUAUUAGGUGUGUGAAUGCACAUGUAAACGUUUACACACAUUUCCAGAUGUUACACGUUGGUGGGGUGGCGGUAUUGGUUGAAUCUGUGGCUGCACAAAUCUUAAAUCUAACCUCCUGAGCCCAUUAACUUGUGUCCUUUGUACUGGACAUUUCGUUCACAUGCAUCUCCUUUUAUUCUUUUGAGUGAUGCUAUCAGUCCCUGCUGUAUUGUGAUAUUUCAUGUGAUAGGCUGGGAUGCUGGGAACUUCCUCUUCAUUAAAAAUGGAUGGCAUGUUGGAAGACAUUUUUUUCCCUCAGUUCCCAGGAGGAUAGCACUGGAUGUAGUGAGUACAGAUCAGAGAUUUUUAUGUAGCUAUCUUGGGAAUAACAUUAACAGUAACAAUACAUUGUUAUUUGGGAAAAACGCACCUCCUUCCCAAACACAUUUUGCAUUGGCAUUUGACUGUGAACAACUUUACCUGCGAACCACUGCAAUGCUGGUUUUUCUUCCUUUAUAUCAAUGGAUUGCACAUUUAUUUAGUUUUGUGGGUGUAAUUUCAGACCAUAGACUUCAUGUAAUGAAGACAUUUGCUGUAAUGUGUGUGCGCAUGCCCCAAAUAUUUCACACAAAAUAGGGCUGACAACUUUUAGCACUCCAGAUGUUGUGGACUAGUAGUAGUCCACAACACCUGGAGUCAGGGCCACCAGCAGGGGGUGACAACCAUACUGGUUGUCACGGGCCCAGUGGCCCUGGGGGGCCCGGCACCCACGUGUGGGGCCCAUUGGGUGGCCCACACACUUAGGGCCACCCGAUGGGCCCUAUAUCUUCAGGGGCCCGGUCUGCGCUGUGGCCGUGGUAUAGCGCGACCGGGACCUUUAAAAAAAAAAAAGAGGGAGAAGAGGGAGAGCCAGGCAGCGAGGAGGGAGUCAUGCCGACUCCCAUCAUCCCCAGCCACCCUCCUGCAAAGAAAAGGUAAGAGACAGGAGGGUGGCUGCAAAAUGAGCUGUGUCUGUCUGUAUGUAUGUAUGUAUGUCUGUCUGUAUGUCUAUGUCUGUAUGUAUGUCUAUGUCUGUCUAUGUCUGUAUGUAUGUAUGUCUGUCUGUAUGUCUAUGUCUUGUCUGCAUGCAUGCAUGUCUAUGUAUGUAUGUCUCUGUCUGUCUGCAUGUAUGGAUGUCUAUGUAUGUCUGUCUGUCUGUCAAUAUGCAUGUAUGUAUAUGUCUGACUGUAUGUCUGUGUAUGUAUGUCUGUAUGCAUGCAUGCAUGUAUGUCUAUGUAUGUAUGUCUGUAUGUCAGUAUGAAUGUAUGUCUGCAUAUCAUUAUGAACGUAUGUCUGUAUGCCAUUAUGAAUGUAUGUGUGUAUGGAUGUCAGUGUCUGUAUGUAUGAAUGAAUGUGUAUGUAUGUGUCUUUAUGUCCUCAUGCAUGUGUGUCUGUAUGUAUGUAUGUUAGUAUGUGUCUGUCUGUCACUAUGUAUGCCUGUGUGUAUGUCUCAGUAUGCGUGAGUCAGUAUGUAUGCCUGUAUGCGUGAAUGUCUGUUUCAGUAUGUGUGUCUGUUAGUAUGUAUCUGUGUCCUUUUGUAUCAGUGUGUGUGUGUUUGUGUCUAUGUGUGUGUAUUCUUGUGGGCGGUAUUUGGAGGUGGGCCCAGACCCCGAGCUAAGUUUGGGGCCCCAAAAUUUCUGGUGGCGGCCCUUCCUGGAGUGGCAUAUGUUGCCGACCCUUACCCACCAUGAAUUGUUGGGAAUUCUUCACGAAAUUGCAGCUUUAAGUCCAAAAAAACUGACACAAAGCACCAUGCCCACUUCAGUGAUUUGAAGUGAUUUGAAGUGAUUAUGGUGGUAGGAGCAUGUAUGUGCAGUGUUUCGGUUUAAAACUCUGCACAUACGGACACAUUGUAAUUGUGUGCUGGGGGCUAGUUGCAUACCCAGCACAUAUGAAACUGACAGCCUAGACCAAGGGCUGCCUGAUUUCAAUUUUAUGCAUAAUUUGCAUCUGUCACCACGGAAGUGGACCAAUCACAGGUUUCUCAAUGAGAAGCCUGUGAUUAAACAGCGCAAGGCCCCAGUGACGUCAGAGGAAACGCUGAAGUCAGCGCUGGACUCCAGUUAAUUAAAAACCUACUUUUUUUUCCAAGUUAUAGUAUAAACAGAGGGGAGGAACAUUCUGCAUAUUGCCCAAUAUGGCCUUUUACGAUGGAAAGGUUCCCACUACAAAAGGGUUAGAGUAUCCCUUUGACACAUUUAUUUUUUCCUUUUAGAUAUAAAAAUAGAGCUCAAGAUGUUUUACAGACAGCACGCCAGAGAUCUGUUAUGCAGUAUUCACUACUAGACUGGAGUACCCUUCCAUCGUCGAGUCAGAAAUACAGGGAAGGACAAACAUUUCAGCCUGCCCAAUUUAGGACUGUAGAGCUACGUUAAUUGUUUAAAAUGUACUAAUAAAACAAUAGUGAAACCAGCAGUAUUUUGUGUAUUUCACUCAGUGUGUGUUUGCUUUCUGGCUUUGUUUGAUACACCACUUCUACUACAAUUUUGUAGCCGGCUUCCUGUGCACAAUAGCACUUACAAAGUCCUUAGUUAAUCUACUAACUGCGAGGGAUGGUCAAACCAGGAUCUUGAAUUUGUUUGUACCAAAGCUUUCCUCCAAAGGAUUUGGAUACUUCUGCUAGCAGGCAGUUUUACUUGACAUAUUUAUUUUGACAACCCC